AUGAAUUAAGAUUCAAAAUUUUAAUAGAGUUAGGAAUUUAAAUGUAAAGAUCACCCUGAUAAACCUGUACUUUUUUGGUGUAAAUCAGUUAAUUGUGAUGAGAAUCGAAUGUUCUGUCUUAGUUGCCAAAAGUAGAAUAAACAUGUUUAGCAUUACGCUGAAGAUGUCCUAAGCUUUCAUGAAUUAAAUUCAUUUUUAAUUGAAAAAUCAAAACUUCCUAAUGGUCCCAUUUCAUAAUGUUAAACAUAAUUCUAAUCAACAGUCUAGUCAUAUGAGAAGCUUAUGACCGGAUUAUCCUAUAAGUUCUGUGGAUUAGAAGAUAAAAUUAAUAAAUUAGAACCUCAUUAAAUAUAACAGGCCCUAGAAUCCUUGAUUAAAUUUGAAGAAUUCAACAACCAUUUGCAAAACAACAUUUUAGGAUUUUUGUUCAAAUUUAAAAAAAUUUUAGAUGAUCUUUUUAAUAAACUAGAUUUACAUCUGAUUUAAUAUUAGAUGACUGAUUAAGAAAUUAAAUUUAAUAAGGAUUAAUAUCAAAAAGGUUAAAUUCAUCUUUAUGUUAUUUUAGGUCUCUCUUUAAAUAUUAGAAAUAAAUAUAAUGAUGCAAUUCAACUAUUUGAUAAGUUAUUAUAAACUGAACCUUAUAAUGUAGAAAUUAUGUAUUAAAAAGGUUAAUAAAAAUUAUUAUUUGAAGCGAAUUCAUUAAGUUAAUUGAAUAAGUUAGAAGUUGCUGAAUAGAUAUAUAAAAAUAUAAUUACAAUUAAUCCAAAACAUGAACUCUCUUUAUUGAAAUUAGGUAGAUUAUUAUAUUAUUUAGGUGAUAUUUUAAGAAACUAACAGUCUUAUUAGUAAGCUUAAUAAUUUUAUGAAAAAUGUAUUUCAAUAAAUUAAAAUAAUUCAGCAGCAUAGUUUGGAAUAGGUAUUAUAUAAAUAAUCUUUAGGGGAAUGAUUAAGGGAGACUAAUUAAUAUCAUCUUGCAUAACAAUACUAUCUAAAAAGUAUCGAAUUAAAUUCAUAUAAUAAAGACUAUUUCUUUUAUUAUGGUAAAUUUUGAUUUAAAAUUAUUUAGGUGAUUGCUUAAGAUAAGAAAAGAAAUUUCAAGAAGCAAUCAAUGCCUAUGAUAAGGUUUUAAUUAAAGAUCCACAUUAUUCAGAGGCUAUGGCAGGAAAAGGUAUUAAUUAUGCAUUAAAUUCUUAAAGGAAUAUGUUUAUGAAAAGUUAAGCGACUUAUAAUAAUACUGUUUUUAGGAGAAUUUGAUGAAGCAUAGAUAUGCAUAUAAAUGUCAAUAUCUAUCAAAAAUAAUUCAUAUUUAGGAUUAUAUGGACAGGGUAUAGUAUAAGAAAUAUAAUUAGGCAUGCUUUUAUAUCAAAUGAAUCUCUAUGAAAAAGCUAUUGAAUAAUUUGAUUAGGCUUUGGCCAUAAAUCCAUAACAUGUGGACUCCUUAAGUAGAAAAGGUAAUUUGAUUUAUAUUUAUUCAAGGUAAUUGUCUAGGAUUGAUGAAUAAAUUUGACUAAGCACACAAUUGGUAUGACAAAGCUUUGGCCAUAAAUCCAUAACACGUUGACUCAUUAAGUAGAAAAGGUAUAUUGAUUUUAAAUAAUUAAAGGUGAAUGUCUAGGAUUGAUGAAAAAAUUUGACUAAGCACAAGAAUGGUAUGACAAAGCUUUGGCCAUAAAUCCAUAGCAUUUGAAUUCAUUAUAUGGAAAAGGUAAUUUGAUUUUAAAUUAUAUUAAAGGCGAAUGUCUAGGAUUGAUGAAUAAAUUUGACUAAGCACAAGAAUGGUAUGAAAAAGCUUUGGACAUAAACCCAGAACAUGUUGACUCAUUAAGUAGUAAAGGUAUAUUAAUUUGAAAUUGAUAAAAGGUGAAUGUCUAAGAUUGAUGAAUAAAUAUGACCAAGCACAGAUAUGUUUUGACAAAGUUUUAGCCUUAAAUCCAUAGCAUUUGAGUUCACUAUAUGGAAAAGGUAAUUUUAAAACUAUUAUUUUGUUAGCCUUUAUUUUAUUAGAACACAACGAAUUAGACACUGCUUAUUCUUUAUUCAAUUAAGCAUAUUAAAUCAAACCAAACCAAUAAUUCAAAGAUGCAUUUUUAAGUAAUUCACUAUAUAUAAUUAGCUUAAUAUGAUCAAAAAUAAAAAUAAUAAUGA